UUUACACCCCUCUGUUAUAAAAGCAGGAUGGGAGGAGUUCAGUUCUGUAACUGCAGGUUCUGUAACUGCGACUCACAGAAUCUAAGACUGGACUGAACUGAACAUUCAGGAUGAAGCCCAUGCUGUGUUCCCUCCUCCUGUUGGUCUUCCUGGGUUGCCAGUUCUGUACCUCCACACCGGUUCAGGCCUUCCCACCCGAGUACCAGACAUUCAGCGGGUCACUCUACGCCUCCUGCCGGAUGCGUCCCAACACCCAGCUGACUCCGGGCUCUCCGAAAGUAUACGGACAGGUCCUGUUUAAACAGAGCGGGCCGGAGGGAAAACUCAGCAUCCGCUUCAAACUGCACGGCCUGCCAGCGUCCGACCCCCAGCCCAGAGCCAUCCACAUCCACCAGUACGGAGACCUGAGCCAGGGCUGCACCUCCACCGGCGGCCACUACAACCCCCUCGGAUACAACCACCCCAACCACCCGGGGGAUUUCGGGAAUUUCACCCCCCGAAACGGGAAAAUCCGCCGCUCGGUGGAUUCCAGGGCCACGCUGUUCGGCGGGCUGUCGGUUCUGGGCCGGGCCGUCGUUAUUCACGAGAAGGAGGAUGACCUGGGCCGAGGUGGGGAUGCUGGGAGCCUGUUGCAUGGCAACGCAGGCGGGAGGCUGGCCUGCUGCGUGAUUGGACUAAGCAGCUCUGAUCAGUGGAACAAAUAACAAAGAUCAAUUAGCAUCACUGGUUAUAUAAUAAAUACAGUUUAAAAUACAACUGGCAGAAUUAUGCUAUAUAAGGGUCAAUACCCAUAUAACAUGCCUUUUGUGUCACAGCAUAUAGUUCAAUUGUUUCAAUCUUAUACAAACAAAGUCUAAAAAUAUGUAAUAUAUAAUUUUUUUGUUCUUUUUUUUCAGUGACACACACACUGUCCCUUUCACUGUGUUAUACUUUUGUGAUGAAUGGACCAAUAGAAAUUCUCCAAAACGACCUGAAAUAAACUCUUUUUACAUUGACUUCCAUUAAAAGUUAAAGUUGUUGUUUUGAAGAUACAUGUUUUAAAAUUUACUCUGCAAAUACGUAAUUACACAUAUUAAGGAAUCACGUCAUAUGUGUUCUUUAAGUAAAGAGUAAAAUAAAUGUCUGUGAUCUGAUCUGUAUUUGCAUGUAAUAUAACUAUAAUUUGUUUAUUCCAGUUGUUGAACUACUUUUUAUGCAUUUUAUUUUUAAACUUACUCUUUAAAAACACUUGUAAGAUGUCAUUACUCAUAAUAACAUGCAUUACAUUAAACACAUGUUAUGAUUAUGGUUGAUAAUGUGUUUUGGAAUGUUUUGGAACACAGCUCAAACAAGACCUGCUGCAAUUUAAUAAAUCACUUUUUAGUUCAGCA